GGCAGGCAGGCAGGCAGGGGAGGGAGAGGCUGGCAGCAGCGCAGCCCAAGGAAACUGAACUGAUCGUAGACGGCAAAGGGCGCCGCCAUGGAAGCUUGAAGCACCCCCUCACCCUCCGAUUAUUAUUAUUAUUAUUAUUAUUAUUAGCGUGGUUUCGCCUCCGCCCCUCCCUUCCCAGAGGAAACAUCUGGACCUCGCUCCCUCCCCGCCCACCUCCCGCCACAAGGACUGCAAGGACACUACCAGGCAAAAAAGAGGGGUGGCGGUGGAGAGGUGAGCGAGGGGGGGGGACCAGCCUGAGGGUCCCCCCCAAAGGAGAGCAUGUGCUGAGCGGCUCCCAUCCUCGGCAGUGCAGCCAGUGAUGGUGCCCAGCACCCCUGACGAUGCCCCAGAGCCCCGAAUCAAGCGCGGAGGAGGAGCACCUCUCCCAGUGCCCCGAAGGGGAGUCGGGCUCGGAGAGCUCCCACGAGGGGCCCAGCCCCCCUGCCAGCCCUGCUAACCCUGCCCACAAUUGCUCCAUGUUGGUACCUGAGGACGCCCACUUCAGUAUGAUGGUCUUCCGAAUUGGCAUUCCUGACCUGCACCAGACGAAAUGCCUACGUUUCAACCCUGAUGCGGCCAUCUGGGUGGCAAAGCAACAGAUCCUCUGCACACUCAAUGAAAGCCUCAAGGACGUGCUGAAUUAUGGGCUCUUCCAGCCGGCCACCAACGGGCGGGAUGCCAAAUUCCUGGACGAAGAGCGCCUCUUGCGCGAGUACCCACAGAGUUUUGAGAAGGGAGUGCCCUACCUGGAGUUUCGUUACAAAACCCGAGUUUACAAGCAGACCAACCUGGAUGAGAAGCAGCUAGCAAAACUCCACACUAAGACGGGAUUGAAGAAGUUCCUGGAGUAUGUGCAACAUGGAGCAGCUGAGAAAGUGGCGCGACUCCUGGACAAAGGGCUGGACCCCAAUUAUCACGAUUCUGACACUGGCGAGACACCUUUGACGUUAGCUGCCCAGUUGGAUGGGACUAUUGAUGUCAUCCGGUUGCUCUGCCUUGGCGGCGCCCACAUAGACUUCCGCGCAAGGGAUGGAGCCACGGCACUCCACAAAGCUGUGUGCUCCCACCACUAUCAGGCCCUGAUGGCACUCUUGGACUUGGGUGGCUCACCCAAUUACAAAGACCGUCGUGGGCUGACUCCGCUCUACCACACAGCCAUGGUUGGAGGUGACCCACGCUGCUGUGAGCUUCUGCUCUACAACCGGGCUCACAUCGGCACCACUGAUGAGAAUGGCUGGCAGGAAAUACACCAGGCCUGCCAACAUGGAAACUCACAGCACUUGGAGCACCUGCUGUUCUACGGCGCUGAACCAGGGGCACAGAAUGCAUCCGGAAACACAGCACUACACAUUUGUGCACUCUACAACAAGGAGAGCUGUGCCCGCAUCCUGCUUUACCGGGGAGCUAACAAAGAGAUCAAGAACAACCAUGGUCAGACUGCCUUCCAGGUCGCAGUCAUUGCAGGGAACUUUGAGCUGGGGGAACUCAUCAAGAGCCAUCGGGAUUCCGAUGUGGUACCUUUCCAAGAGACCCCACAAUAUGCCAGCCGGCGCCGGGAUGGUUCUCAAAGCCUGAUGGUGCCACACACCUUGCUGCGAGCCAACAGCGACACCAGCAUGAACCUCCCAGACUGGAUGCUCUAUGCCCCCCCAUCCACCUCAUCUGCCACUGUGGCUGUGCAGGGCCAGAAGAUCACCACAGGAACCUUACGCAGUUCCAGCAGUCCCCGUGGUGCUCGCAGCCGCUCUCCAUCACGCGGGCGCCACACAGACGAGGCCAAAAAACAGCGCGGUCGACCCAGCUCCAGUGGCUACCAGAAGGACUCCACUGGAGGCAGCACGCCGAGUAGCCGGGGAGUGAAGCGGAAACUCUAUUCGGCUGUGCCUGGUCGCACGUUCAUGGCUGUGAAACCGUACCAGGCCCAGGCCGAGGGUGAGCUCUCCAUCAGCAAGGGCGAGAAGAUCAAGGUGCUGAGUGUUGGGGAAGGCGGCUUCUGGGAGGGACAGGUAAAGGGUCGUGUGGGCUGGUUCCCAUCGGACUGUGUGGAGGAAGUGCCCAGGAAGUCCCAGGAAGGGAGGCAAGAGAGCCGCAGCGAUAAAGCCAAACGACUCUUCAGGCACUACACAGUUGGCUCCUAUGACAGCUUUGAUGCCCCCAGUGACUACAUCAUCAAAGAGAAGACAGUGCUGCUGCAGAAGAAGGACAACGAAGGAUUUGGCUUUGUGCUAAGAGGGGCCAAGGCGCAGACCCCAAUUGAGGAGUUCACACCCACCCCUGCUUUCCCUGCGCUACAGUACCUGGAGUCAGUGGAUGAAGGGGGUGUGGCCUGGCGUGCCGGUCUCCGCAUGGGGGAUUUCCUCAUUGAGGUAAAUGGACAGAAUGUAGUGAAAGUUGGUCAUCGGCAGGUCGUCAACAUGAUUCGACAGGGGGGCAACAACUUGAUGGUGAAGGUUGUCAUGGUAACACGGAAUCCGGAGAUGGAGGAGGCCAUGAGGAAGAAAGCUGCGCCACAGCAGACAAGACGACUGCCUCCUCCAGCCAUCUCCUUACGCUCAAAAUCCAUGACAUCUGAGUUGGAAGAAAUGGAUUACGAGCCAGCAAUGGGCACUGAUAAGAAGCGGACAGUCUAUCAGAUGGCUUUGAACAAAUUGGACGAAAUUCUGGCAGCAGCUCAACAGACUAUCAACGUGGGGGAUGGGUGUGGAAGCGGGGGGCUUCCUUCGCUGGGGAAGUCUCGGGGCACUGCAAAGAACUAUUUCUCCUCUGAGCCUGGUUUUGAACAGCACCGUCUUAGCCAGGCCAGUUAUGAGCGCCCAUCAUACCUACCAGCCAGUCAUCCCCCAGGCAUGAUGCUACGCCAGAAGUCUAUUGGUGCUGCUGAGGAUGAGAAGCCCUACCUCACUCCCCCUGCCAUGAAGUUCAGCCGCAGCCUUUCAGUUCCUGGUUCUGAUGACAUCCCCCCACCUCCGACCACUUCCCCCCCUGACCCCCCGUACAGCAGCACCUCACCCUCAGCAUCUGGGCGUGUUACGCCCUUAGCCCGUUCAACCUUCAAUCCCAGCACCGAGGCCAAGCUGUAUUCAGCUUCCCUGCAUCAGGAACCGGCAUAUGAGCCACCCUCCCGCGGCCGUGACAAGAUGUCCCUUUACCGUCAAGAGUCUGAGCAGGGGGCAGAGGGGUCCACCGCACGUGGCUGGCGGGGUCACACCCCGGACCUGCGGUACUACAACCUGCCUCCACGGGCUACCAACACCGCCAUGUACGUCCCCACCAAGCCCAUGCGCCGGAAGGGGCCGCUGGUCAAGCAGACCAAAGUGGAGGAUGAACAGCGCCAGCAGCAAGGUGCCACUUCUUCCCAGAUGCAGACUUCGCAGCCCCCGCUGUCCACUCCACCGGAGAAGAGCUCCAUCCCCAUCCCCACCAUCAUCAUCAAAGCUCCCUCAACCAGCAGCAGCGGGCGCAGCAGCCAGGGAAGCAGCAUGGAGGCAGAGAGCCAGCCGGAACCAGUGGUGCCUGUGCCAUUGCUUCAGCUUCACAACAGUAUGGACUUCACCAGUCAGUUUGGGGCGGCCUUGGUUGGGGCUGCCCGGCGGGACCGCGAGUGGUACAGUGAAGCUCGCCGCAAGUCUGCUCUCUUCCUUUCCACUGAGCAACCGGACGAUGAAUCCCAGCAGACCCCUGUGCCCCGUCUCCGCCACUCCAAAUCCAUUGACGAAGGCAUGUUCUCCAGUGAGCCAUACAUCCAGCUCAACAUGGCUCCUGGCUUUGGCAGUAGCAGUGGUGGCGGAAGCAGUCCUGCUUACCUCCAGUCUCGCGCCUCUAAAACAUAUGGAGCCAGCACCACCAGCGCCUUCACAUCUGUGUGCUCCAGUUUCCUACCCCAACUCCAGCCUCAUUCAGCUCCUCUCAUUCACCCACUGACCGGCAAGAUUUUAGACCCUGGAUCCCCCUUGGGGCUGGCAUUAGUGGCUCGUGAGCGGGCCUUAAAAGAAUCCCAGUCCCAGCAGGAGAGCCGAGAAGACAGGCACUCGCGCCCAUCUUCGCCCCGGUUUGGAGAGGCUCCUAAAACUCCCGAGUCUCCUGGUAGCUCCAUCCUGCGCCUCUGGGGAGCAACAGAGCAGCAGCACCACCAGCACCAGCAGCAGCGGCCUGCAUCACCACGGAAAGAGCCAGAGAGCCCCCGGCAUCACUCGCCUGAGCACCAGCCUCCAGCUUCGGCCAAAGGGGGGGCACCUUGGGAAAAGAGGCCUGAGGAAGGGGAGAAGCUGGAACUGCAUGUGCGUUUUGUGGAGAACUGCCGCCCAACGGAGGAGGAGGAAGGGAGUCAAGAGGGUGAGAAAGUCGAGGUGACUGUCUCACCAGUAGAGCGCGUGGCUGAAGAAAACGGGCUCCCAUUGUUGGUUUUGCCCCCUCCUGCCCCUUCCAUUGAUGUUGAUGAUGAAUUUGUAUUCACAGAGCCGCUCCCGCCGCCCCUUGAGUUCUCCAAUAGCUUUGAUAAGCCCGAGUCUCCUCCCAAAGCAUCUAAUGAGCUUCCCUUAGUAAUGACCCCUCCAGCCGCUGCCCCUGUUCCUGCCACUUUAGACUCCACAGCAUCGAGCUUGACGUCCUACGACAGUGAGGUGGCCACCCUGACACAAGCCGGAGCGGCAGAAACCAAGGAGGCCCCUCAUGUCAACUUCUCGUCUGUCGUAUCAUCUAUCGCCAUCCCUGCAGCGGAGGCUCCUGAAGCCGUGACGGACUCAGGGAUCGAGGAGGUGGACAGUCGCAGCAGCAGCGACCACCAUUUGGAGACCAUCAGUAGUGUCUCCACACUGUCCAGUAUGUCUGGGGAAGGCACAGAACUCUUGGAUACCUACAUCACCUAUUUGGAUGGACAGGCUUUUGGGGGAAGUGGCAGCAGCGGCGGAGGUGGUGGUAGUGGUGGUGGUGGCGGCGGCAGCACAGACAAGAGCCCACUACAGACCAAGCUACGCUCACGGCCAUUCCCGGGUCGCUUGCCGGUGGCUACCCCCACCAGCUCUACCAUCUCAGUUUCGGCAUGUACUGAGAACAUGUUUGCCCUCACGCCCGCCCCACCCUACCACCAGCAGGCAGUGCCCACCGAGCCAGGCAAAGAGCUGCAGCGGAAGUCCACGACGCUGCCCUGGGAGGAACCCAAGGCCUCCCCCAUGUCCACCAUGAAGGCCAGCAUCAUCAGUGAGCUGAGCACCAAGCUGCAGCAGAUGGGCGGGGUAUCAUGGUCACGUCCGCCUGAUGCAGUGGCUUCCUUCGGUUCAGAGAGGCCCAGCUCACUGCAGAGGCAAAGGCUCUCAGAUGACACAUCACCAUCACUGAUCUCCUCCAAGCCCGUAAGCAGCCUUUUCCAUAAUUGGCCUAAAUCCCCCCAGGGCAAGCACCCUAAAAGUGUGGAAUUUGACAUCCGCCCGGCCCUGCGGCGUGCCCCGAGCCCUGCCGCCCUGCCCAGUGAGCACAAGAUUAGCCCUGCCCCCAGGCCUUCCUCCCUUCCCAUCCUGCCUUCUGUGCCCAUAUACACCAGCGUCUUUGAUCUCCGCGGUUCACCCACUUCUGGGGGUGAACACCCUUUCCCCAGCUUCCCCUCCGGCAGCCGCUCUUUGUCGCCCACCCACUUCUUGCCGCCAGCUACGGACAAGCCAUUUGGCUCCAAGCCGCUGCCCUUCUGGACCAAGUACGAUGUGGCCGACUGGCUGGAGUACCUGAAGCUGGGGGAGCACCGUGAUCGGUUCCUGGACAACGAAAUCGAUGGCUCUCACCUGCCGUCCCUCACCAAGGAAGAUUUCAUUGACCUGGGUGUGACGCGAGUUGGGCACCGCAUGAACAUCGCCCGUGCCCUCAAGUUCUUUCUGGAGAGGUGAUGGGGGAAAUGGCCCUGCCCUGGGGAGCCUCUCACCUGAACGUACAAUGGACCUCCGCCAGUGGGGAGGGGGGGAAAAGGAGGUGGAAGGGUUGCAGCUGCAGGGCCGGGCACAGGGGAAGCUGUGAGGAAAGACCCUGCGGGUGAGGGUAGGGUAGGAUAGGGUGGGGAUCACCCCCUGGCAGAAUAAUACUUUGAGAAGCUCACCAAAGCCUGCCUGGGCACCCUCAUGGGUGUGCACUAUUUUUCCUUUACGUUGCCAUGUAGCACUUUGCCCAUUCCACUCAACCGACAGCUGGUAUGGAUAUUCAUGUAACAUUGCUUUCCAAGCUCUAUAUAAGUGUGUGGGGUUUUUGAGUGUGUGAAUCUGUACACGUGCACUCACACUUCAAUUCUCCCAUUGGCGUAACAGCUUGCUUCAUCAUCUUCGCUGCUCCAAAAGGAUGGCGUCGGCCAUCCCACUGUGGAGCAUCUCACACCUGCAUAUAUAUGUAUGUGUGUGUUAUAUAUAUUUCAUUCUCUAUGUUGCUGAUUUUUCUUACCUUGCAGCUGUUGUUUGCACAUCAAUUCAUCUAACCGUGUAACAGCUUACUGUGCACAUCUUCACAAUUACCAGGGUUGUUAAGUACUCUGCCUUCUAUUAAAAAAGAAAGGCCUGUUCAAAGAAGCCAAAUUUGCAUAGAUGCUUACUUUGCAAAAUGAAUUCUGUGGUUAGCUAGUGAAGGGGAAGACCUCAAUCCCCUGAACUCAUUAGAAAUCUCCCAGAGCCUCUUUCUUCUUCCUCUCCCCACUCCCAAAUCAUCAGAGAGUUCACUAGACAUUGCCCAUUCAAGCAUGUUUUCACAGCCACAAGAGCUAGAAACUUGCUUUUUAAAAAAGGCAUUGAGAUUCCCAUGAUUGUCCUCAUUUCAGCAUCCAAUACUGAGUGAUGCCCUUGAGCAAAGCAUGUGGACUUAGCCUUGACUCUCACCCUGAGCAUAUAAUUGGCCUAUACUACUGCCCUGCCACUACUCUCAGCUGUGGGUGAGUCACAUGAACUUUUCAGUAGAGCAAGAAGUUUGUUGUGCUCUUGUCUGAUUGACUCACCAGACACACACUCCUCAGCAAAUCAAGCCUACCAGUAGAAUAGCUCGAUCUAUUACUGAAGUAGCGUGCAGAGUAGUGUCUCCCAGGAUAUGGAUCAAGAGUGUUCCAAAGCUAGUCAGUUGGUGCCAGCCGCAUCACAGCGUUAUUACCCUAGCAUCAGCAACCUGGAUUGGGAAGGGAGGAGAAAUACUGGCACGAUCCAUAUGUCCCAAGUGAUUUCAGCUGAAUGGGGCCAGCCCGGAGGAAGCAUCGAGCAUAUUCUAAUACUGCUAUGAACCGAGACCAGUUGUGAGACUUUGUGAUCUGAGAUUGCCUGUGGCUCUUGCCUCCCUUUUGCCACAGAUUUAGCACAGUGACACCCACAAGGCUUGCUACAAAGAAUUGGGUGAGAUGGAACCAAAUGGCAGAACAGCUGCAUAAAGGGGCAUCUUUGCUUCAGCCUUUGCCAAAUAUUUAUUUUGACAUAGGGUCUUCAUUGUAAAAUAAAUUUUGCCAUACAGUUCCUUAUUUGGCUGGGUUUCAGUAACCCUGUUGGAGAACCAACAUUGGAUCAACUGGAUCCAUUUGUUCUGCUUGCCCCAUUCUGUGGUGUCCCUGUUGUCUACUUACAGGCCACUUUUGUCAGGCUUGCGUGAACUAGAACUGAUGAAUAGCCUGAACCUGCAUUGAAUCUCCCCCCCAAGUUUAAACACAGGUGUGACCUCUUGGCUACAAAUACACAAUGGCAUAUACUGUGCUUGCAAGACCAACCAUCUCCAGAAACUUCUAAGGGUACUCUGGUGUGUGGUGUUGGUUCACUUCUAUGUAGUCUUCCAGGGCAAGAAUGAGCUCAUCUGUCCCUAUUUUAAUCAUCUAUGAUGCAUCAACAGCCUUCUAAGAAGAACCUAAAUCUCUUCCAGUUUGCAAAAGCUUCCUGGUAGACUGCCCAGAAGCAGUGAAAAGUCUCCAUCAGUGAUCAAACACUCUGAGAUACCUGUUGCAGUUCACUUUGAAGCAGAGCUACAUCUCAUUGGUCGUACCAGAUGGGUGGAUUCUUAUCACACCCAGAAGUCACCCUGGUGAUGCAGAAACAACUCUCACAUAUCCCCCUCAUCACCACAGAGUACACACAACCCUGGCUGUAACAGUCCACAAAACAGCUCCUUCAUGAGUAGUGGCUUGGUACCCUCAUAUAUGUUUGUGCUGUUCUUGCAUGUUCAGCAACAAGCUGCUUCAUUUUGUCCUCAUUUCAGAAGCUAAUUCCACACCACGUUCAUUUGGCACAUGUAUUGCACAUUUCUGCACUUCCAGAAUGGGGAGAUGCAAACAUUUCCCCAUAGUAGUUGGGGGGGGGGUGUCUCUUACUUUUUCUGCCAGAGGGAUAUCUGUGGCAUUCAAACAUUCCAGCUCCAAAUAGGUAGCAGACAUUGAGAGGGCUGGAAAGGGAAGAAAAAGCAACAGAAAAGC